GUGUGGCAACAUUUUUUAGAUUUACACUCAGCUGUUUUGACGUAACUCUCGCUCGGCAUUUUCCUGUCUUGCAAAUUAAAUCAUAUUUUAAAGUUAACAUGGUGCGCUUAAAUUUAGUCUCGUUAACAAAACGUGUGCCUCUUAUACAAUUCCGCAAGGGCGGUCUAGCAGCGGCAAACAACAAGCCAAGCCCAAGUCAACAGGCAAGUUCUAAGGAUUCAGGAGGCAAAAAGGUAACAGGUGGACCAGCAAUCGAAGACUGGGAACUGCCUGCUCGUUUUGCCCGUAAGCCGAUCGACCCACUGGAGGCUGAAUACAUAAAUAAUGGCGGAAUACCCAAUUAAUAUUACUUUGGAAAUAACUUAAGCGUUGCUUAAAAUAAAUUAUUUAAUCGAAUGAUGAUUGCCUUGUAAACCA